GUGUCAACGUGUCAAGUUUUGAUUUGCUGAAUCAUAUUGGCGGGAGUUAAUUUUUGCAAUUAGGAAAUAUGGGUUUGCCUUCAAAGUCCAAACCUUUGCAGUUGAAACACUUCAUGUCCUCUUCAAAGUUCAAACCUUUAGCUAUGAACUUGGGUAGAUUGACCAUAAACUUGUCAAUUUUAGAAACCCAUUUGCCCAAAUGCAAGAAUCUCAAGCAGUUCAAUCAAAUACUAUCUCAGAUGAUCCUCACUGGUUUCAUUAGGGACACAUAUGCUGCAAGUAGAGUCCUCAAGUUCUCCACUGACUCUUCUUUGAGUGACAUUGAUUUGUCAUUAAGAAUUUUCAACCACAUUGAGAACUCAAAUGGGUUCAUUUGGAACACUAUGAUGAAAGCUUAUAUACAAAGAAGCUGUCCCCAAAAGACUUUGAGUCUUUACAAAUUGAUGUUGGGUAAGAAUGGGGAUAGAGAUAAUUAUACAUACCCAAUCCUAGUUCAAGCUUGUGCUAUGAGAGCAUCAGAGUUUGAAGGGAAACAGAUGCAUAGUCAUAUUUUGAAGUUUGGGUUUGAUUCAGAUGUGUAUGUGCAGAACACAUUGAUCAACAUGUACUCAGUUUGUGACAAUAUGAGGGAUGCACGCAAUGUGUUUGAUGAAAUGCCUGUGUUGGAUUCGGUGGCGUGGAAUUCGAUAUUGGCUGGCUAUGUUAGGGUGGGGGAUGUAAAGCAGGCUAAGUGUAUAUAUGAUCAGAUGCCAGUGAGGAACACGAUUGCUUCGAAUUCUAUGAUUGUGUUGUUUGGUAAAAGAGGUUGUGUGACUGAGGCUCGGCAUUUGUUUGAUGAACUGCCUGAGAAGGAUAUGGUUUCGUGGAGCGCGUUGAUUUCUUGUUUCGAGCAAAAUGAGAUGUAUGAGGAGGCUUUGGAUAUGUUUGUGAAAAUGGUUGCUAAUGGAGUUAUGGUGGAUGAGGUUGUGGUGGUUAGUGUGCUUUCGGCAUGUGCACAUUUGUCAGCUGUUCACACAGGGAAGUUGAUCCAUGGGUUAGUUGUGAAAAUUGGAAUUGAAAGUUAUGUUAAUCUUCAAAAUGCUUUUAUUCAUAUGUAUUCCAGUUGUGGGGAGAUAAUGGUUGCCGAGAAACUGUUCAAUGCAGCCUACAACCUGGAUCAGAUAUCUUGGAACUCAAUGAUAUCGGGGUACUUGAGAUGUGGUUUAGUUGAAGCUGCUAAGACAUCAUUUGAUUCCAUGCCUGAGAAGGAUGUAGUGUCUUGGAGUGCAAUGAUAUCAGGCUAUGCUCAGCAUGACCGGUUUUCAGAAACUUUGGCAUUGUUCCAGGAGAUGCAGCUGUGUGGAAUUAGGCCCGAUGAGACCACUUUGGUGAGCGUCAUCUCGGCUUGCACUCAUUUGGCUGCCCUUGACCUGGGCCAAUGGAUUCAUGCUUAUAUAAGGAAAAAUAGCCUUAAAGUUAAUGUCUUUCUUGGGACAACCCUUAUUAACAUGUACUUGAAAUGUGGGUGUGUGGAAAAUGCAUUGGAGGUUUUCGAGGAGACAGCAGAAAAGGGAGUUUCUACUUGGAAUGCUCUUAUUCUUGGGUUGGCAAUGAAUGGGUUGGUGGAGAAGUCGCUUGAAAUGUUUGCAAAGAUGAAGACAAGGGGUGUGACACCUAAUGAAAUAACCUUUAUGGGAGUUAUUGGAGCUUGUCGUCACAUGGGCUUGGUAGAUGAGGGGCGUCGCCACUUCGAUUCCAUGAUGCAGGAACACAAGAUAGAACCCAAUGUUAAGCAUUACGGAUGCAUGGUUGAUCUUCUUGGACGUGCUGGUAUGCUCAAGGAGGCAGAGGACCUCAUUGAAAGUAUGCCUAUGACACCAGAUGUUGCUACUUGGGGUGCCUUACUGGGGGCUUGUAAGAAACAUGGGGACCAUGACAGGGGUGAGAGGAUAGGAAGAAAGCUCAUUGAGCUCGAUCCUAACCAUGAUGGGUUCCAUGUGUUGUUGUCCAAUAUAUGUGCUUCGAAAGGUGAUUGGGAUGGUGUUCAUGAGAUUAGGGGAAUAAUGAUGCAACAUGGGGUGGUAAAGACCCCAGGUUGUAGCAUGAUCGAAGCAGAUGGUGUAGUUCAUGAAUUUCUAGCAGGAGAUAAGAAACACCCUCGAAUGAAAGAUAUUGAGGUUAUGCUAGAUGAAAUGGCUCAGAAAUUGAAGAGGGAAGGUUAUGCACCAGAUACAAAUGAGGUAUCCUUUGACAUUGAUGAAGAGGAAAAGGAAACUGUUCUUUUCAGACACAGUGAGAAACUGGCAAUUGCCUUUGGGCUAAUCGCUAUCAGUCCACCAUCACCAAUACGAAUAAUAAAGAAUUUGCGAAUAUGUAACGAUUGUCACAUGGCAGCAAAGUUCGUCUCGAAAGCUUUUGGUCGUGACAUUGUGGUGAGGGAUAAGCACCGCUUUCACCACUUUAAGCAGGGAUCUUGUUCCUGCAAUGACUAUUGGUAGUAGAUUAGUACUGAAGUUGGUUCGAACAUUAUUCACCUAGUGGAUGUUCUUGGUUAUAAAAUGGCACACCAACAGACCAAUAUGAUGCUUUGAAGCUAAUUGUUGCGACAACGACAAAUAACACAUGGUUGAAUAUCGAUGCAUAUACUACCUCCAAGAGGUAAAAGGAGGCAUUGGCCUUUGCUGGGUUGGAAAAGGAUGAACUAGGAGUUCAGAAGCACCAAAUACCAAUGGGGAAAAUCUCAUGGAAUGAUUCCGGUGGUACGUAAAGUCACGGCUGAUUUUUCUCACAGCGGCAAGACAAGUUGAAGAUGCAGCCAGCCAGCCACAGAUGUUUCUAUUUCUUCCAUGGUCACUGGUGCUGAAGAUAUAUGGAACCAAUAUAUAACAAUCCAUCAGCAACUCAUCCAUCUGAUGGUCAAGUAUCACCACUUUGCUAGAGAUUGCAAUCAAAAUAACUGCAAUGGUCUGAAUCUUGUGAGCCUGCGGUUAAGUAAUCUCUUGCUCUUGUAAGCUGAGACGCAGUUUUGUUAGAAUUUGACGUGGGCCGACAAUGGAGGAAAUCUAAUCAGGCACAUGAGUUUUUUUUUUUUUUUUUUAUAAUUAAAAUAGAGGAUUAGGCGAUAUUAGCCUCUCGUUAGCGGUCAUUGCGUAAAGCGCCUACCCUCCUCAUAAUAGAGAGGGGACCACUACACCCGGGAACCCACCCCCAUCCCUCUAUUUUAUUUUAUUAGAAAAUAAACAAAAUAUAAGAUGGAAGAAGGUGACAUAAACCAAAACCUCUCCCAAAACCAAGAAACAUUACAACUGGACUGAAAAUUCCAACAUUAAGGAUAGCAAAUCAGGCACAUGAGAUGAUAAUAUGACAGUUACAUAACCGUGUUUCUGGGUUGAGAGUUGAGACCAAAACUCAUCGGCAGAAUACUAUUUUGAGAACUUUGGUUUAUAUUGCACGGUUGCACCUAAUAAAGUGUAUUUUGUUGUAGUAUAUAUGAUUCACAUGUACAAAACAUGAGUCAUAGUAUAAAUGUCUAUAUCAUGUAUACAAAUAGGUACUUGAGUGUAUAAUGUAGGUAUUGUGACUUGUGUGACAAGCUUUAUGCCAAAGGGCAACAAGCAUGGCAUUUUAUCAUCAUCACAGCCACCAUAGAAGGCUGCAGCUGUGAAUGUAGAGGUUAUCAAAUUGAGUUACUCUUUGAGCUUUCACACUUGUAAUAUUUUCCUAUAAAUACCUCUUUGUGUGAGAUGAAUAAACACACUUGAAUCUCUAUUCUCACAGAAACAUUACUCUCUCUCUCUGUUUAUCAUUUCAUACUUGUUCUCAAACACGUUAUCAGCACGAAAUUGCUCUAGAAUUAGAAUCGAAAUUGAAAAGAGGAGAGGUAGUUCAUAAUCCGAUCGAAGUCAUUUUUUCAAACUUGCAAAAAACCUCCAAACCCUAGCUCAUAUCAAAGCCCUUGAUUCAAGAAGCUCAGAACCGGUUUCAGAACGCCCAGAACCGGCCGGAAACAGCCUGAACCGGCCACCGGAAAAAUCGAACCGCUGCUGAACCGCUGUCGAAGUGCUGCCGAGACCUGCCGAAAGCUCCUGCCGAGUGCUGCCGAGUGCUGCCGAAAGCCCCUGCCGAUACCUGCCGAAAGCCCCUGCCGAGUCCUGCGCAGCAGCUGCCGAGCACCUGCCGAAGCCCUGCGCAGCAGCUGCCGAGCACCUGCCGAAGCCCUGCGCAGCAGCU